UGCUUCUUCCCUCUUGCGGGUUAGGAACUUUGAGCCCCACCUCUCUGCUCGUCCAAGCUCCGCCUUCCCCGUCCACCUGUGUGCCCAGACCCUGACGUUACCCGUUGGCUUCAGCGGCCUGCAGGAUUCCGGCUCCCGAUUGGUCGGCCCGUCCACGGCUUGCGCAGCCCACCAAUGGCAGCGGUGCUGGGUUGAGGGGUGCCCACAUCCAAGAUGGCGUCCCUAGGAGCUGGGAGCGGGUGACCGGCGGCGGGGAAGCGGCCUGGGUUGGCCCUCAGAUUGCGGGGUCUGGGGGCAUCUCGCCAGGCAACCCCUUGGCCCGCCUACAAGGCCUUCCCCCUGCCAGAGCAAUGGCCGCUGACAACAGCAAGCAGUUUUGGAAGAGGAGCGCUAAGCUGCCGGGGAGCAUCCAGCCUGUAUAUGGAGCACAGCAUCCUCCUCUUGACCCUCGGCUCACCAAAAAUUUCAUUAAAGAACGAUCAAAAGUCAGCACAGUUCCUCUGAAGAAUAAGAAGGCCUCCAGUUUUCAUGAGUUUGCACGGAAUACCAGUGAUGCUUGGGACAUUGGCGAUGAUGAGGAAGAGGACUUUUCCUCACCUUCUUUCCAAACUCUGAACUCAAAAGUUGCUUUGGCAACUGCAGCCCAAGUUCUAGAAAACCACAGCAAGCUGAGGGUAAAACCAGAACGGUCCCAGUCAACGACAUCGGAUGUUCCUGCCAACUACAAGGUCAUAAAGUCCAGCAGUGAUGCCCAGCUGUCCAGAAACUCUAGUGAUACAUGCCUGAGGAACCCACUCCACAAACAGCAGUCACUCCCUCUCCGGCCCAUCAUCCCCCUCGUUGCCCGGAUCUCGGAUCAGAACGCCUCUGGGGCCCCCCCAAUGACUGUCCGGGAGAAAACCCGCCUAGAAAAAUUCCGUCAGCUUCUCUCCAGCCACAACACUGACUUAGAUGAACUGAGGAAGUGUAGCUGGCCAGGGGUUCCCAGGGAGGUUCGACCUGUAACCUGGAGACUCCUGUCGGGCUAUCUCCCAGCAAACACUGAGAGGAGAAAGUUGACCCUGCAGCGGAAGCGGGAGGAAUAUUUUGGCUUCAUUGAACAGUAUUAUGACUCUCGAAAUGAGGAACAUCACCAGGAUACCUACAGACAGAUUCACAUUGACAUUCCAAGGACGAAUCCUCUCAUUCCGUUGUUCCAGCAACCACUUGUACAGGAGAUCUUUGAAAGAAUUCUAUUUAUUUGGGCCAUCCGCCACCCUGCCAGUGGGUAUGUCCAGGGAAUUAAUGACCUGGUCACUCCAUUCUUUGUCGUCUUCCUCUCAGAAUAUGUGGAAGAGGAUGUGGAGAACUUUGAUGUGACCAACUUGUCCCAAGACAUGCUGCGAAGCAUUGAGGCUGACAGCUUUUGGUGCAUGAGCAAGCUGUUGGAUGGAAUCCAGGAUAACUACACCUUUGCACAACCAGGGAUCCAGAAGAAGGUGAAGGCACUGGAAGAGCUUGUCAGCCGGAUUGAUGAGCAGGUACAUAAUCACUUCAGGAGGUACGAGGUAGAAUACCUGCAGUUUGCCUUCCGCUGGAUGAACAACCUGCUUAUGCGGGAGCUUCCUCUUCGCUGCACCAUCCGCCUGUGGGACACAUAUCAGUCUGAACCAGAAGGGUUCUCCCACUUUCAUCUCUAUGUGUGUGCAGCCUUCUUGAUCAAGUGGAGGAAAGAGAUCUUGGAUGAGGAGGACUUUCAGGGUCUCCUCAUGCUGCUGCAGAACCUACCUACAAUACACUGGGGCAACGAAGAGAUUGGGCUGCUUCUCGCCGAGGCAUACAGACUCAAGUACAUGUUUGCCGAUGCCCCGAAUCACUACCGCCGAUAGGUGCUGUCUCCUCCGGGGACCCAGACUGCCCUCAUCUCUGAUGGCAGUCUGAUCACUGUGGCCACUGUGCGAGCCGUGGACCCCGGCCAGGAACCACUCCUGUUGUACAAAGCUCACACCCGCCGCCCAGGUCUUAACUUUCUGGCGUCCACCACUCCAUGUCUCUGGAUGUGUCACUUGGACCACUGUCAGUAUUCCAUGCCACGUGGAUGGGCCCAGUUCUGGGAGAGGACAGAAAAGGUGGUACAGGGUUGUCUGCCCCUUUAAAAGAAACUGGACAAAGAAGGGGAAGGCUCAGGGUCUCAACUCACAUUGUCCCUACAGGGACAGGCCCCAACUGAAAACUGUUGCUUUUUUUUGUGAACAUAGUUUGAUUUGAUCACAGGUCAAAAACGCCUUAUAUUUUCAAAAGACUCCCGGCUCCUCUUCCCUCUCCCUGGUUUCCUAGCCCUUCCCCGUCUGCCCUAGUCUGAGCCAGUGAGGGGUAGCUUUUUAAAACCAUUAUUCUAGAUGGAGGAGACACUGAUGCUUGUAACUCUGGGAAGAGGCCUACACCCAAGAGCUAGGAAUUUUAUUUUUCCUUUUCUCACCAGGUGUCUGCAUGUGUGUGUGGGUGUGAAUGUGUAUACACACCCAUCAGCAUUUAGUCACAUGUCUGAAUUUCUGUGUCCAGAUGAGCCCCAUCAGACUAGUUGGGAAGGGCCCCAGUGACCAAGUGUAUAAGCAUCCCUUGAAGAGGGAUCAGGGCAGGGGAGGCAGAAGGGGCUGUUUACCUCUCCAAACUCCUUUUCCAUGAUGACCCACUCCAAGAUAUUAUGUGUAAAUUGUGUUAUUAUGUAUAUGGGUAAAGAUGUACAAAUAUAUGUCCUCUUUGUAGCAGAUAUGAUUUUAUAUUUAUAAUGUGCAUCAACAUGUGGAAGCAAUCUAGGUCACUAGCACAGAGGAAGUUGCCAGGAAGGUGGCUUCAGCGCCUCCAGGUUGGUCCUGGGUGUCCUGCUGUGAGGGGUAGAACGGGAGGCUGCUGGAGUGAGUGGCUGAGCGGGUGGAGCCAUCCCAAGCAUCAGUGUCUCAGAGUCCUCCUUGCCCCUUUCUUCACCCUGCCCUCCAACCCCCAGACUUUCCUGGAGCAUCUUCGCUUUGCUCCUAGCAGCCUCCCCAAGAAGGGACUGCAGAGGCGGGCAAGCCCUCUCUAUGUGUUUUUAUUCCCACCUUCCCCGGAAUCUGGGGAGGGCUUUUGUUUUCACAUUUUCAAGUUCAGCGUUGUAUUCAGGACAGAAGCUGUGACUGAAGACUGUGCCAAGGAAAGGGGCUUCCUGUGUGUCCCUCGGGUUUGGGGCUCUUCUCAGAGAGCAGCACUCCUUGUCCCUUACUGUCACCUUCACUCCCCACACAGCUCAUGAGAUGUGUGACCCCUUGUUUGAGUUUUGGUAUUUGGUAGUGGAGGGUGGGGGGAUGGGGGCCAGCAGCUGUCAUCCUCCUGGGAAGCCGAGCAGCAUCCCUGGUGGGUAACACCCUUGAGUCUCUUUGCCAGUGAGGCCCACCACACCAGUGUGAGUUAGGUUUCUCAUCUGGAGCUGUUUCUCAGGCAUUCUUCCCGACCCUCUUCCUUUUCCCCUUCGGUGUGCCUCAGUGGUCCCCUCAACCGGACUAAUUAAAGAAAGACACUUGUGUUCCCAAGUGGUGGUUUUAUUUUUUUAGUUUUUAUGUUUGUAUGGGAAAUUGUGGAUAAAGUGAAAAGAAUUGUAAAUAAAUGGUGUAUUUCCUCCUCCA